CAAGUCGUCACACAGCCACUGCCUGAACACGCUUUAGGCACCCCUGGGACCAUGUCUGUGGAUUUUAAAACUUAUGUAGAUCAGGCAUGUCGAGCUGCAGAAGAAUUUGUCCAUAUUUACUAUGAGACAAUGGACAAACGAAGACGGGUACUACCUAGACUGUAUUUGGACACGGCCACUUUACUCUGGAACGGCAAUGUUGUCACUGGAAUGGAUGGAAUAACUAAUUUUUUCGAAAUGCUCCCCUCCAAACAAGCCACUCCAUCUCAGAGUACUGUGCUUGUUGUUACCAGUGGAACCGUGAAGUUUGAUGGAAGCCAUCCUCACUACUACAACCAAAACUUUCUGCUGACCGCUCAGUCCACCCCUAACCAGACUGUGUGGAAGAUUGCAAGCGACUGCUUCCGCUUUCAGGAUUGGUCUAAUAAUUAAAGUGGGCAGGGGGGACUCCAUUCUCCUUCAGCCCCUUCAUUCCAGCAACCAAAACGUAGCACAAGUGUAAUUCCCUUCAUGGUAGAAACAUAGUAACGUUGGUAUGUGCCAACAUAAAAUCUCUCUGCCCUGCUGUGAUGACUAGCAGCGCUGUUUCUAGCAUUCACCUGUUUGAAUCGUCGCCCUGUAAGAGCUCAAAGGCUGGUUUUGUGUAUGCCCUCUAUAAAUCCCACCCCUGACUUUCCAAUAGUAGUGUUACACCUAGGAUCUCUGUCCUGAUAAUCGCUGUGAACUCAGCCCAUUGCAAAAAUGAACCCCUAUUCGAACGUUCUCUGUGGGUUAUCGGCACACCAGAACCCUGUAGGAGGAGAUGGUUUUUUUCUGGUGAUUAGGUUAAUUUUGGAGUGAAAAACACUAGUUAUGCAGUUUUCAUACCUGCCUUUUUCCCUAUCCAUUCAAUGAAAAUCUUCAUAAUUUCAGUUUGCGCAACUCCUCUGACAUCCUGGAAUCGCAUGUAGACUUGUGUUUGGUAGCCUUUUUACCUCUUAAGUCCUGUGCUUUAUGUUGGCAUGAUUUCUUUAUAAUAACGUGAAUCAGUACCCUAGAGAUAUUCUCAACCAGCCUCCAAUUCCAGGGUACAUUUGCUGAUUUCAAUAUAAAACAGCUUAAAAAAUUAUUCUCUUGGCAGCUCCAAGUGUAACUUUAGGUGCCAAACAGUGAUAUGCCUAAAGGGGAAUGGAAAAUAAGAACUGUUGAGGGCCAAGGAUAGAACCAAAACUAACGAAGGGAAGGGGAGUGCCCAGAUGCUAAAUUUGGGAUACUUGUUAUUUACUCCUUAAAAAUUAGUCAUAUUUGAGGAUUUCAACCACAGGGUCAUUGGUAUCCUUGCCAAAUGCUCAUGACUGUACCAAUAUUUUCAACAUGAUUUUUAAAAGAUUUCAACUUAACUCAUACUUGGCACCAACAGAAGUCUCAAUUCCCAUUUUUUUAUUAAAUACUUUUAUUGGGGCCUCUUACAUCUGUUGUCACAAUCCAUACAUUCAUCCAG